UCCCCUCUCAAUGCCUUCUACACAAUGAUUGUCAUGUGGUUUGUGCAAGUGAAUUUCCAUAGCCUUGAUCAAAUUGCCCUAGGCGCCCUGUUUUCAUCAUCAUCCUGCAUUUAAAUGAUGCCUGAUUUUAUGACAUGCUUAAUGAUAAUCAAAGAUAUGUUCAGAAAUCAAAUGGCACCAUCAGUGCAAACUGCAUGUCACUAUUUCAAUACUUUUGUGACCUGAAGGGUGAAAGGGCAAAAAACAUUUUGAUUUAGCAUGCACUCUGCAGGCUGUGCUGCUACAGUGAUUACCCCAGCUAGCAGCUUAACACCUGCUUUUCAUCCUAAUUCUUCUGUUUUCUCCUGAAAGGAGGAAGAAUCAGUAAUGAGCAGUGCCAAUGACAAUGCAUAGUUACAGUCAAUAUGGCAUGCAUCAACAUGGAAGGGGGUGGAGAUUUGACUGCUCAUUCCACUAUAGUGGUGUGACUCCAUGCUAAUUGUUCAACAAGGAAAUGAAGCAAGCUGAGGAUCAUGCAAUGGUAGAUCUGUGUGACUCAGAUAGUACCUAAGCAUUGCAAUGCUAUUUUAGUUCAAUGGGCCAUUGAUCUUAAUCUUGCAGUACCUACCUACCUACGUCCUCAUUAGUCAUUAUCCUUUUGCUCAUUUAAUAUUGUUUUUUCUCUUUAUUUUACUUAAUAAACAAAAAGGGGCCUAUUCGUUCCAGAAUCCAGAUUGGUUAGCAUAGUAAGCUGAAGAUAAGACCACUUUUGCAUCCAUUAUUCGAUGCCAAUCAGGUACCUACCUUGCUAAUUUUGAGGGAAUUAUAGGUCAUUGCCAUUUCAAUUUGAGCUGCUAGCCAUUUAUUUUAUGAAGUUAUAUGCAAUAAGGUAUUUGUGCAGUUCCAUUUAACAAUUCAAUGCUACAGUACAUAACUGUUUCUAUUUGAUGGCACUGCACUACCUGCCACAUGUCAUGAUCAUUGAUCAAUAUUGAACUAUUACCAAGGAGAACAUAAAUCUGUUUUUUUUUUUCAAUCAUACACUAUGUAUUGACCUUUUCUGGGGAAUUAUCAUGGGUUAGCAUUCACCUUUGAUUCAUUUAGGAGUUAUUACAUACAAGUGAACUUGAGAGUUAGAUCAGCAUGAGUGACAUGGAGACAGUGAAAGUGGUAGUGGUUGGUGACUCCGGUGUAGGCAAGACAUCAUUGGUACACCUAAUCUGCCAAAAUGAGCCAUGUGCCAAGCCAUCGUGGACGAUCGGCUGUGCGGUGGACGUCCGCAUUCACGAGUUUCGCGAGGGCCUGCCGGAGCAGCGCACGUACUGUGUCGAGCUGUGGGACGUGGGCGGCAGCGCGGCGCACGCCAACACCAGGCGCGUCUUCUACGGCGGCGCGCACGGCGUCAUACUGGUGCACGACCUCAGCAACCGCAAGACGCAGAACACGCUGGCCGGCUGGCUGGCCGAGGUGCUGAGCCGCGACGCCGGCGAGUCGGCCGCCUUCGACCCGGAGACGUUCGCCGGCUCGGCCACCGCCCAGCUGCCCGUGCUGGUGGUGGCGUGCAAGCCGGACCUGUCCGACCCGCGGCGCGCCGCCCACCUCCAGCGACAGGCGUCCCGGUUCGCCGACGAGUGCGGCGCCCAGGAGAUCACCGUCGACUGUCUGAGCGCCCGUUCGCUGGCGGCGGGCAGCAGCAACGCCGUCAAGCUGAGCCGGUUCUUUGACAAAGUGAUUGAGCGCCGCUACCAGCGGGAGCCGGUGACCCAGCACUGGGAGCGGCGCCGGCCCGGGCCGCCCGUCAGACACUCGUACCGUGACUACUGACCGGCUGAUGGCUGCGGGACACGGAGACCGCGGACUGGAGGCUACCGUGUUUGAUGUGGUGACGAGCGUGGAGAGCAUUUCUGGGUGUUUGGACGCUAUUGGUGCCUGGACUGCAUGGGAAGAAUUUAACCAAAGUGAUUUUAUUUACCUAAAUAGAUAAGUGUUUUUAGCAAUUUAUGGGGUUUCACAUGAUCGGUGAUUGUCAUUUGUUGAGACGAGAAAAGAAGAGUUUGAGGGUCAGUUUGCUGUGAUAAUCGUACCGGUGAUACUGACGGUACUACAUAUCAGACUGAUGCGUUACAUUGUGCCCUUGCCGUGGAUAUGUUGGAGUUCAGUGGUCAUGUGAGAAGCGUCUUCCAUAUAUGACAUUGGUGCACGCUGUCGAUUAUCAUCCCUCGUAUUCGCUCGAGUCUGUGUCUGCGCCGCUGCGCUCCAACCGCGUGAGCUGCCCGGCGAGCGGCCGUUCCGACCCGCUGACGACCCGGACCGUGCCGACCAGCCGCGCCGGCAG